UUUCACACAGAUAGCGUGCCGGGAAAGUUAUUUAUAUAUAAGUGUAUGUGCAGUGUUUUAAUGGCAGUGUCAGCAGGCUGCUAGGUUAGUUAGCAUAACUGCAGUUAUUGAAGACUUUGCUAGCGUCCGUUUUGACCGGAAGUGAGGUUGAGCGAGAGAAUAAUAUCAGCUUUAACUUCCGGAAUAUUUAGCUAAAUGCUGUAGUGUAGUGUCAAACAGCCAUAAGAUUACACUUGAAGAAAUACAACACUGUUUAUGUAGCCAGCUGGAACAUGGCCCAUAAAAAGCAGAAGGAGAGUCAGCGGGUGAACAUCUCCAGCUCACUGGAGUCGGAGGAGAUCAGUCUGGAGACCACGGUGCCCACGGAGGACAUCUCCUCCUCGGAUGAGAAAAGCAGCACUCACAAGGUCACCAAGCAGGUGCUGGAGAGGAAGGAGCUCCUGCACAACAUCCAGAUGCUGAAGAUCGAGCUGUCGCAGAAAAACCUCAUCAUCGACAACCUCAAGAUGGAACACCUGACCAAAAUGGAGGACCUGGAGGAGCAGCUGAAUGACGCACUGCAUCAGAAGCAGAUCCUCGCCCUUCGCCUGGACAGCCAGCUCAAAGUGCAGCAGGAUGAGAACAGGAAGCAGCAAGCUCUGAUGAAACAGGAGAUGGACGCCAUUUUGUUGCGGCAGAAGCAGCUGGAGGACACCAACAGGCAGCUGUGCGAGCGGGCCGGCGACAUCCGGCGCAGCCUGAGAGACCUCGAGCUGAACGAGGAGAAGUAUCGGGAACUGCGAGAUCUUCCCGAAGACAAGCUCUCCAUCCCCGAAUAUGUAGCGGUGCGCUUGUACGAGGUGGUUACGCCGUUAAGAGCUCUGGUGACCGAGCUACAGGUGAAGAAGAACAACCUGACGGACGACCUGGACAGCCAUCGCAAGCAAAUCAAAUCCCUCAUGGAGAGCUAUGAGGACGAGAGAAGAGCGCGCUCGGAGCUGGAGACCCGCUGCCAAAGACUCGCUCUGGAACUGGCCGACACCAAGCAGCUCAUCCAGGAGGGAGACUACAAACGUCAGAACUACGACAAAGUGAAGCGAGAGCGAGACGGCUACGAGACGGACGUCCGAGAGCUGAGGAAGAAGCUGGAGAUGACGGACCUGACGCAAACCGCCCUGACUAAGGAGAGGAACGAUCUCAGUAAAGAGGUGGCCACACUGCAGCAGUCUGUGACUCUGCUCCAGAAGGAUAAGGACUAUCUGAACAGGCAGAACAUGGAGCUGAAUGUGCGCUGUGCCCACGAGGAGGACCGUCUGGAGAGACUGCAGGUGCGGCUGGAGGACUGCAAGAAGGCCAGGGAGGAGGCCUAUGACAAAUACGUGGCUUCUAGGGAUCACUAUAAGACCGAGUACGAGAACAAACUGAGGGACGAGCUGGAGCACAUCCGACUGAAGACCAGCCAGGAGAUCGAGAGCCUGCAGCGCACGUCUAAAGAGCUGUACGAGAGAGAGAACAGAAACCUCCGUGAGGCUCGGGAUAACGCCGUCCUCGAGAAAGAGCGAGCCGCCGGGGCCGAGAGAGAUGCUCAGGCCAAAUACGAUCAGCUCCUAGAGCAGUUCAGGCAGCUGCAGCUGAAGUCCGAGAGCCGCGCGGCCGAGCUGCAGAACCAGACCAAGCUGAAGGCUUUCGAAGCCGAGCGCGCUCAGAUCGUGCAGGCGGAGACGGCCAGGAACCUCAGCCUGUGCCAGAUAGAGUGUGAGAAGCAGCAGAAGAAACUGGAGGUUCUAACCAAGGAGUUCUACGCGCUCCAGUCGUCAUCCGAGAAACGCAUCACGGAACUGCAAUCCCAGAAUGCCGAGCAGCAGGUGAGGUUGGAGACCUACGAGGAGCUGGAGAAGGAGCUGGAUGACGUCACCAUGCAGGCAGCAGAGAUGGAAAAUCAGGAUGACGCCGAGAGGGUGCUGUUUUCAUACGGUUAUGGAGCGAACGUGCCGACCACGGCCAAGAGGAGGCUGAAGCAGAGCGUUCAUCUGGCAAGAAGGGUUCUGCAGUUAGAGAAGCAAAAUACUCUGCUAAGGAGAGACCUGGAGAGAAGCACCGCCCACGCAGGGCAGAUCUCAGAAGAACUGCAAGCAGCCAAUCAGCUUCUUCAGCAGGCUCAGCAGCCGUACAGUUACCUCAUCGAGACGGUUCGCCAGCGGGACGCGCAGAUCCAGUCGCUCAAAGAGCGCCUCUCGCAGCUGGAUGAAGAAGUGAGUGCAAUGAAGAAAGAAAGGGCAUCUCUGCUGCAGGUGAAAAACAACAUGGCUGCCGAUCUGGAGCGGCUCCUGAGCCACAGAGAGGAGCUGUCCGCCAUGAAGCAGGUGCUGGUCAGCAUGCGCUCACGGCAGAACCGAGAGCCGGAACCGGAGCUCAGCAGCAGCAGAGAAGUGGAACGGCGGCCCAGAGAAAUCGGCAGAACCGCAGACGGGGAGCAGAACCAGCUCCGACCCAAACCUACGGUGUUUACCAAUAAAGAAGUUCCCGAGUGGCACAGAAAGCUCAAGGCCAAGUCCAAAUGACCAGCGGAGACUUGUUCUACCAGAGGAACACAACAUACAGGUUUUAUUUAUGGACACUGGAGUUCACUUUGUGUACAGUGCAUUUUGUACUUUUUUUGUAAAAAAAAAAAAAAAAAAAAUUAUAAAUCUGAUUUUAAAUGAAAAAGAAUGCAUUUUUUUCUGUUGUUGUUUUUUAUUUAUUUUUAUUGCUGUGGAAGUGGAAUCUGUUUGGAUCUGGGAUUUACAGGAGCAUUAUUUGUGGUGUGUGUGUCCGUCAUCAUGUAUCACGAGGACAUCUGAAGAUGGCUUAAGGUGGGAAGUGUCUAGAAUGUUCAGGAGAGCGCUCUUUUGUCUGUUGAGGUUCAUUGUAACAGGAGUCUCCUGCCUCUUCUUUUUAAUCAGGAAGGCGCUACACACAGUAAUGUUUAUAAAUAGCCAGAGCCUUGCAUACCGUAAGACUCGUCUGUCUCCUCUUCUCUCGGUCAGUAGUAGUAGUGAGAGGAGGCGAUCUGUUUCAAUCCUUCUCAUUCAACAUCUUUUGGGGCGGGGGAUGGGGGGGGGAAUUAUA